AUGGCCGCUACCCGGACAGAGUGUCCGAGAACCAGUCCUGACACCCGACCCCGAGAACCGCAGUUCUCGAACUGUCUGAGCCCGCUGGCUGGGCUCCAGUUCUUCUUCACCGACGCCGUACUCGCGGUUUGCUUGCCGGGCCGCCCUCGUUUCAUGGACAUCGCAAGCAAGCAGACGGCUGAGGAUCUGGAUGAGGAUGGCAGAUGUGUGACUGCGCCAAACCGCAUCGGUUUUGACGUCUGCAGCAUCGAGCCGGGAGGCCGCAGCCGGCCGGGCUGA